AUGGCGAAACCUUCAUCAACACCAGUAGUUGUGUCUGCGGCUGAGGAAAAAUCUGCAUUAGCUUUAAAACUGAAUACGCUGUAUGAGGCAUUGUUUCCAGAGAAAGAAAAAUCUAAUUUUGAUGACAAGUGUAAACAAUUGGAUACUCAUGAUAAGACAUAUGUAGGUGUAAAAGCACUUUGCAGUAGGUUCGCACGUGCUUUAGAAAAAGCAGCCGAAGUAAAAGGCAAUGGAGAUGAACGUAAAAAUAGUUGCAACUAUUUACAUUAUUGGUUAUAUGAUGAAAUAGGAAGAAUAAAAACGGUAGAUCGCUCGAAAAAAAUGGAUAGCAUACCUUUUUUUAACGUUCUCAUUGAUGCUGUGAAUAAGGUUAAUGAACAAAUUAAAGUAGGUAAGUGUACUUUGAAAUUUGACAAAAAUGUUACUGUAGAUGAAUUGAUAAAAAGGAAGAUCUCCUAUAUUUAUUUUAAAAAAUACAAUGAUAUUAAAGUUAAUAUUAAACCAGAAAAAAAGGAAGAAUGUAGCAAAUAUUUUACAUAUCUUACUAAUUUUAAAUCGUUGUACGAUAAAUUAAAGAAUGAUCAUUGUAAGUAUAGUUUUUGGUCUUUUUCAUCUUCUGUACCUGAUUACUUUAAUUGCACACAAAGCUUUGACCCAAAGGAUCUUUUAUCUAAAGCAGAUGCAUGCAAAUCUAAAGGAUCUGGAGGUAGUGGAGGUUCAAUUUGGGGAAUAAUUUUUGGAGGUUCAUCAUCCGGAACGUCAGGUACUCGAAGUACUGCAGUGAGUAAAGAAACCCCAAGGGCUUCAGGUUCAGAAGCCAAAAUUACUGGAGGUGCUAAAAAUCCAUCACUUGAUGGUCCACCAAAGGAUAAAGCAGCAAAAGAGGUAACAAAAGCUACAGUAGCUGAAGAUAGGUCGAAAGGUUUAACAAGUUCAACCAGUUAUGUAACUGUAGGAAGUUCACCACGUCCAGCAGCUGAAGCAACAGUACGUAAUAGUGCAGUAGCUGGAAAAGGAUUACCUAGUCAAUCAGCUAAUUUGCAACCUAGAGUAACUUUGAGUUCCCCAGUAGGAGGUAGUCCUGUGCAGAAUGCUCUUGCAGCAGCGCCUGCUACUUUACAGAUUAGAGACAGUACAGUACCUGUACCUAUUGUUGAUUCUCCUAACCCUUUGGAAAGUGCAACUGAUAAGGUUGACACAAACUUCUAUCGUAACAUCAUCAUGGCUGCUGCAAUACUUGGAACGAUAUUCUUCCUUUUCUAUUACAACAUGUCUUCUGGAUUAAAAUCGAGAUGUCCUAAAAGAAAACGAAAGAAAAAAAUAUUCGAGCAUAAUUAUUACGAAGAGUAUGAAAAAGGGUUAGCGAAAUAUGAAUCAGAAUAUGAAUUUUUAGAUCCUCAAUCAGAUAGAUAUUAUUUGAAUUAUCAACCUGAACGAGACUAUGAUUACUAA